AUGAGCUUUCAGCCAGCUGUAGCAGUAGCAGAGAGGAUCACAGAGGCUUUAAAAUGUUUUACAGCGCUCUGUGUAUCUCUGUAAGACAGGAGAUAAACUUCGUAUAACACGGACCCACGCUGAGGAUCCGUUCCCAUCGAUUUAGCAAGUAUUUCUGUGCUGGAAAGCGGAAUCACUAUAUCCAAUGAAUCAGUGGAUGUUGCCUGGGAUAAUGAAAGUAUAUUUACUGCCGUUGUUUAGAAUAAUAUACAUCCAACAACAAAAUAGUAAUGUGAUUUAGGUGUUAUUGCAUUAGUGGGCUAGUCAUUGUGAUUUUAAUUGUAAGAGACAGCAGCUGCAUCUCAGAGAUGGAUGAAGUGGUUGUGGAUCAGAUCAUGAAUGUUGCUCAUCAAGCGGUGUCUUGGAUCGCAUUUGUUGCCAUCAUAUUUGGAGGGGUGGUGCCAUACAUCCCUCAGUACAGGGACAUCCGCAGGACCCAGAAUGCUGAGGGGUUCUCCACAUAUGUGUGUCUGGUGCUGCUGGUGGCCAACAUACUGAGAAUACUCUUUAGGUUUGGACGUUUCUUUGAGACUCCGCUGCUCUGGCAGAGUAUAAUCAUGAUCAUCACGAUGUUAAUCAUGCUGAACCUGUGCACCAGCGUCCGCUUGACAUCUGAACUCAACACCAAACGCCGCUCCUUCACAGCAGACAGUAAGGAUGAAGAAAUCAAAGUUUCUAAGAGGCUCUUUCUGGACUUUGAUAGGAACUACUUCUGGUCUUGGAGUGGUUUUGUGGAUUACCUGCAGUGUGUGCUGGCGUUCACUGUGCUGGCCGCCUAUGUGACGUAUCUGCUACUGGACUCGGUUCUGUUUGUAGAGAGCCUGGGUUUUCUGGCCGUAUUUACAGAGGCCAUGCUGGGAACUCCACAGCUCUACUGCAACUUCCAGAACAAAUCUACUGAAGGCAUGAGUAUUAAGAUGGUGUUGAUGUGGACCAGUGGAGACACUUUCAAGAGCGGCUACUUCCUGUUGACUCAGGCUCCCGUGCAGUUCUGGAUCUGCGGCCUCCUUCAGGUGUGCGUGGACUUGGCCAUCCUCUUCCAGGUGUACUUCUACAGCCGCUUCCCACAGAAACCCGUCUCUCACACCACACACACCACCAGCGCCAAGGCCCUAUGAAACACCCUCGCUUCACUCAGAUCUAUGCAUACAUACAGCAUCUUUAUACAGUGUCCCCAAAAUAUAUCUGGAUUAGUGAUACACUUUUUACGCCACAUCUAAAUAUGCCUGAAUGUCAUUGUAUUUGAUACACAAGAUCAAAUUAUGAUGUUAGAUUUUUAAUUACAAUUAACUUUUUGUGCUUAUGUUUUCUUGAAAUUAUUGCCAUGUGUUUUUUUUUUUAUGCAAUGAAAUGUCAUUCAUAAUUGUUCAGUGUUGCUUAAAGGAAUCCUUAACCCAAAAAAUGAAAAUUAGCUAAAAAUGUACUCGCCCUCAAACCAUCCAAGAUGUAGAUGAGUUUGUAUCUUCAUCAGAUCUGGAGAACAAAAAUAGCAUUAAAUUACUUUCUUAACAAUGGAUCCUCUCCAGUGAAUGGGUGCCGUCAGAUUGAGUCACCCAUGAUCAUUUUUUUCUUACAAAUAGUUUUACUCUUCACUAGACGUGAGUUGAUGGACUGGAGUGGUGUGGAUUACUUGUGAUGUUUUUAUCAGCUGUUCUCAUUCUGACGGCACCCAUUCACUGCAGAGCAUCCUUUGAUGAGGAAGUUAUGUAAAACUAAAUUUCUCCUAAUAUGUUCUGAUGAAUAAACAAUCAUGUUUCAUUUUAAGAUCAACUAUUUCAUGAAGUGUUCAGAUUUUUGGUGCCACUGUAUAUAUACACUGUAUAUGUAAAUAUACAUUGAACCAAAUGUUACAUGCAAUACAAUAAAGAUAUUCAGAUAUAUUUACACAUUUACAUACAUAUACAAACCAGUUCAAGGUAAUCACCAUGCUUUGAAAACGUUUGCCUUACAGACUCUCAGAAAUGUAUCUGACAUCAGAUGGAUGAAUGUACAAAGCUUUUGUUACAAGAGUUUAAUACAGUGACUGCUGUUUUAUUUGGAGAAGACUGUUUUUAACUCAGUGGCUCUCUGUGGUGUUUCACACAGUGAAGGCCCAUUGAAGAAAGCCACUGUGUCAUGUUGAACCAAAAAAUUAAAAAAUACCCACUUCAUACAGUCUUCAUACAGUUUACAAAUCCGCAUGACUUGAAGGUGUGUCUUCCCACAAAUGUGUAUGGCAAUCCUAGUUCAUUUACAUGCAAUCAGUUCAAAAUAUGAAGUCACUUUAUUCAUUUACUGACUUUUGACCUCUUUAGGAAACUUGAAGUACAGUAUUUGCAGCACAUUGGGGGUUAAUUAAAAGAUGUAUGACUUCAAAGCCAAGUGCUUCAAACAUCCAGUCAACCAUCAGUCCUGAAUAUGACAAUACACUGCAAUUUAUUUGACAAAAAUCACUUUCUUUAACAGUAUUUUUCAUUUUCCAGUAUAAGUUUUAUGUGCGUUAUAAAAGUUUAUGAAAUAAAAGGUUUAUUUAUAAAAUGAUUUAUAAUAAUAAUAAUAAUUGUGGUGCAAUAUCAUUUUCAUUAUUGUUUUGGCUUAUGAUUACAGAUUAAUGUUUUUGUUUUUUACUUGACAGUAAGACAAUAAAUAUUGUAAGGAAACUUUUUUUUAUUAUUAAAAGAGGAUAUGUUUACAUACAGUAAAGAAAAGGGGGUGGGGGAUUUUUAUUAUUAUUUUUUUCAAAUGUUUUAUUAUAGAUUUUUUUUCAAAUGUUGGAGAAUAUAUCUUUUCACGUGUCUCUUUAUAAAUUUACUUUUUAACUUUUAAAUUUAAUUAUCAUUUUUUUUCCUUUUUUUUUUUUUGAAAAUAUGAAAAAUACUAGAUUUUUUUUGCUGAUAAAGUAGUUAUAGUCAGAGAUGUUAGAUGCCAGUAAAUGUUAUGAGAGAGGUGCUGCUUAUCAGUGUGUGAUGCUGAGGAACAGUUUGGCAAGACUGAUGGCUUUUGACAAGAUAUUCGAUAUGAGGAGAUAUGAGUCUCUGAUAAAACUCUCCUCAAUUAGAUUAGAAAGACAAGAGGGCUUUCUUUUAAAGGACAAUGUUUUAUUACUUUCGCUGUUAUUCGCUUAUUUGUGUUUUAUUAUCUUUUUUUACCUGCUAUUCUGAGAUAUCAUGUAUUUUACUUGAGCUUCAUUUAACUAUGUAUUGUUUCUCUUUGUGCUGUAUUUGAUCAAAUAACUGCUUUAUUCUGUAUUGCCAAACUAUCUUCUGCCACUGAAUGCAGGUAACAGCGUACACGGGUUCCCAUGAUGAUAUAGAGGUUUACUCUGUCAUUGCACUCCACACAGAAUUGAUACUCGCAGUUAUUGAGCACUGUUUUUGUUUUUGUUUACUGCCUGUUUAGCCAAAUGUUCUGUUCAUAUUUAGGUGGGUACUUUCGGUCAUAUAUUUUCAAUGCUACUUUUUUACAGCAAGAUAAACCUUUAUAAUAAACCUUUAAAAAAAUUC